GGGAACAGUUUGACCGAUGUCACAUAAUUAUCUUCCGUUCUUUUGUGUACAACAAAGCACAACAAUCUUCCAUUGAUCCUUGCUUCCAAUUCCUGAGAGGUUGUUUAGACUUGCUGAGCUCUGCUCUAAAACAGUUUCUUGAAUGACAGUAUGAAAUAUAACUUCUGGAAGUCUUGGAGACAAAACAAGAUAAGACUUGUCGAAUACUUCAAGCGAACAUUUCUGGAUUCAUGUGACAUUGACUCAUCAUGCGACAUGUUACGUCUUGUCUUCGGUUCCCUGCAGGGAGGAUAUAUUGUCGCUGCAUUCUUCGCUAUCCUAAUUCUGCUGCAUUUCAUGAAAUGCCAUCGGGACCAUAUUUUUCAGCUGUAUCGAGGCCAAACGACAUUUUCUCAAGAUGUGUUUGUUUCUCCUGCACGGCUAGUGGGAAGAAGUCUUCGAUUUUCUGGAUAUCAGAUAGCCUUUGUCUUCACUGGGAAUGUCGUUAUGGGAUUUUUUAUGGCCGUAAUUGCUCUGAUUCUGGGAUUUAUAUUCCGUUACGCGAAGGAGAUUUUCUCUGCGGAAACCUUAACAGAAUUGAAAGGGAUCUUGAUAGCGAUGCUACCAACAGUCGGUAUGGCAAUUUCCCUUUGGGCAUUCCAAAAGUUUCUUGAGCUCUUCGCCUUUCGUGACAGAGACUUUCCAAACAUCGCCAUUACUGUUGAUAACAAACGGCUGUUCUCUAUCAUGGCUUACUUUUUCUUUUUCUACAACAUUCUCCUUGGAGUGUUCUCCUGUUUGGUUCGCAUCCUGAAAGGAAUGUUGUUAGGCGUUGUGUUCUUGUCUCGUAUCGACCGCACGUCCAUGAUGCAGGGAUUCCAGACUUGGGACCAAGCCUUUGUAGCAUAUCUGGGUUUUAUUCAUUUGCUGGUGGCUCACAGUCAUCCGGUGAUGCUCAUGUUUUGCCAGCUGCUCAUCAAUAGAAACAAGGAUAGGACUUUUCAGGAAUCGCUAGAACAGGGUAAGUCAAAAACGCGCGCGCGAUUCAGGAUACAGGGGUGGUUAAAGAUGGGAGCGGGGGUGGGGGGGAAGGCAAUCUCUGUCACGAAAGGCGAAGAGCUCAAGAAACUUUUGGAAUGCCCAAAGGGAAAUUGCCAUACCGACCGUUGGUCUGAAAAAUGA